AUGACCAAACUGACGAUUAUUGUCGCUGCAACACUCAACAAUGGCAUCGGUCAACACGGACACCUCCCCUGGCGACUAUCAAAGGAGAUGCAGUAUUUUGCCCGCGUUACUUCGAACGCGCCGGAGGGCAGCGUCAACGCGGUGCUCAUGGGGAGGAACACUUGGGAGAGCAUCCCGAAGAAGUUCAGGCCUCUACCCAAACGUGUCAACGUAGUCAUCAGCAGUAACAAACAGUAUGAACUCAUGCCUGCGAACGCUACCACGCCCGCUGCGCCAGUGUUCUUACACUCAAACUUAGACUCAGCGUUGGACCGACUCUCGCACUCGGAGCGUCUAGAAACACCCAUUCACAGAGCGUUCGUCAUAGGAGGUGCCUCGCUGUAUCGAGAGACACUCACCCUAUCACCGUCGUCGGGCUCGUCCGUGGAUCGCGUCCUCCUCACACGGAUACUCGCGCCAGCAUUCGAGCAAUGCGACGUGCACAUGCCCAACUUCCUGGACAGCAAGCUUGUAGGUGGAGAGCGUGUUGCGUGGAGACGAACGAGUCAUGCAGAACUGCAGGACUGGGCUGGAUUCGAGGUGCCGGAGGGGGUACAAGAGGAAAAUGGUGUGCAGUAUGAGUUCCAGAUGUGGAUUCGCUAG